AUGCGUGUACUGGUACUCUUUACUUGUUUUCUGGCCACUCAUACUGGCGCAAAUACUUUGACUCAAGAGGAGAAAUCUCAUAUUACAAGCGCCUAUAUAACUUCAGCUCCUGGCAGUUUCAAAGGUUCAAUAGUUCUUUCAUACUCGACAAUUGUUUCUCCCUCGAUUAAUUCAGAAACUACUUUAUCCCCUACUUCUCGAGCCAUUCCAGUCCUCACCACAAGUCCUUCAAUACAACCUGACAAUGUUUUUUCACCAACGACGACCCAAUCAUUAGUCACAAUGGCUUCUUCAUUCCACAGCCACGUUUUUUCGACAACAACCAUCAGAAUAAGCUGGCUUAUACCACCGGUUACCUCCUCUUUUGGCGGAAACGUGCUUUCAUUUCCAAGUCCGUCGAACGCGGCAUUCAAUAGUGGGCUGGGAAAUUCUAGCUUCAUCAAUGUCUCAAGUCAAAUUUUUUCUGGAGCCAUUGGCUCCCAUAGAUCUCACAGUCCCAUCAUUCCCAGUUCAGCUGAUCGACUUGCUGCUUCACUUCAAGCUUUAACUUUCCUGACGAUAAGCCUUUUAAGUUUUUUAUAG